AUGGUGGUAUUUGUCGACCUCGACGAUGCAUUUCCCGACGGAUCGGCACUCUUGGGGAAGCCAUUCCCUUUGAUGGUUGACCCCAUCGCGUCGGAGCCGGCCGACUUAUCCACAUCGCCUACUUCCCCGAAUGAAAGGGCCGACGAGAUUCUAAACCCCAAUCGGAAUGGAUUCUCGGCGGCUUUGAGCUGUUAUCCCAUCGUCAAAGAAAUCGCUCGCGCCAUCGACCUGAAUACCCUCUACGCGCUCUCGAGUACAUGUCGCCAGUUCCACGUGAACUUGGCACCGUUCCGCCACCAACUAGCGAGAGAGACUCUCCGGUGCGAGAAUGAAUACAUCGAAACCCUAGCAGAGAUGCUAGACAGCGGCUCUGUCCUCCCAGACAUGGGCAAAUGCGCGCGCGACAUGGUGGGCGAAUGUCGACGCUGCGCCAAGGUUGUAUGCAGAAACUGCACAAUCAAACCCCCUUCCCAACCAACCCUUAAAAACCGUAUCCGUCGCCUCUGUCGACCCUGCGGCACAGCGCCACUCUCCUCCCACCUCUCCUACACAACCUCAGACCCGCACACCCUCGACACGUGGGACGAGAACAGCGUCGCGGCAAUUGCGUUCGCACGCAGCCCCUGCAAUUGCGAGGAAGCCGUCUGGCUGUGCACUCAGUGCGGAAUGACGCUGCGCAGUAAUGACACGACAUACCGUCGUGUUUGGGCUUGGCGCACCCGCUACAGCACGUACCUUGGCGGCGGGCUGGGCACUGGUAUUGGUGAAGGCUGCCAGGGCGUUAAGUGCGGGCGUGGUGAGAGUUGUCUUGCUGCACAGGAGAUUGAGCUUGAGGUUGACUGUGAGGCUGAUGAGGGGUCUGGGUCUGGGAGUGAGACCAGUAGUAAUGCACAGAGUCCAGCUCCUCCGUCGUUUGGUCAUGAGGGAGUUGGUAUCUCGACGGAUAGCCAUGAUGAUGAGGAGCCCGGGUAUUUCAGACAGGAGGUUAUUGGGUUGGGUGGCAUUGUUAAGCAUAAGUCUAAGAAGAGGGUUAAUGUUGGUGCUUGUGUUGUUGAGUAUGAGGAUGAGAGGGAGACGGGGAAUUAUCUUCAGAGGGAGGAGAAGGGUUUGUAUCGUGGUUGGUGUGGGUGGUGUUCUAGAGUGAUUCCGGCGAAGAGCGAGCAGACUUGA